AUUACUGACCAGGAGGCGUUUCUUCAUCUGUGGCAGAAGAGAAACCUGGAGACAGAGAAUCACGAUCUCCCCAGACGGGUUGACACAAUGGGAUUUAACCUCGGUCAGCUGAACUUUUUGAGAACCGCAGUCAGAGAGUAAGACCUGGAAAAGUAGUUUGAAGUCAGAUGAAAUUGUCAAUCAGUAUUUGAAGCCACUUUCAACUAUGAAUAAAAUACCUCAGGAAGAAUACAGACAUCUGGCAGAACUCUUUAAUCAGACACAAGAAUGGAAAGAGCCACAGGUUGGAGGGAAUAGUUUUAACAUGACAGGAUCCAUGCCUAAUGCAGUGACAGUACAAAAGGAGCAAGAAAGUAACACAUGGAAUGAUUACUCUGGUAAUUGGCCUGGAGAAUGUAACAAGAACCAGACAUCAUUAAGGACACCUGUUUCCCAGACACCAAACCAAUAUAAAUAUGGUAAUGAUGAUAAUGGCUCUCAUAAUUGGAAAUCCAAUCAUGUUAAUUUCAUGAAUCAGGGUAUAGGCAUAAAUGGAAGAGAAGGAAAAUACCCAUGGAAUAGGGUUGGCAGAGGUAUGAGCAACCAUUCUGCUUCUUUUGGAGAAAUUCAAGGACUGCCACAGAGGAUAGGACCAGCAGACACAUGCAAUGGUGGUGGUGGUGGGUCUACUCGACAACCAGACCAUGGCAGGAGAGGCAGACAAACCUCCAACAGGCCUUGGGGAGGAAGGGGAAACCAUCCAUGGAACAAAAAAGAACAUUUUGCUACUGAAGCUGAACAACUUAAUGCAGAUUCAAGAGGUUCCUGCUUUAAAACUGCUUCUCAUCAAUUGGUAUUUUUUCUUUUAUGUUAUUAGAAACUCUCUCUCUCUCUCUCUCUCUCUCUCUCU